CUGAAGCCUUACUGGGCAGUCAGAUAGCCGGUCCCGGUAUGUAAGUCGCCGCACAUUGUGCGUUAAAAGCGGCUCGUCCGCACCCCCUUUACAGUAGCUCUAGGAUUUGUUUCUGACCUUCUCUUUGCCUCUUGAAUGGGCAAACCUGCACCAACAUGAAAUCCGCCCUCAGGCUGGCCACCUUGAGUUAUGCGAUCACUAACGUUGAUGCUAGCUUACUAUUUCCCUCUGGUCGUAAUGCGGGGGAUUGGGGUCCGGCUAAAGACGUUGUUGCCGCCUCUCCAAUAGAUCCUGUGGGAUGGACGCCGAAACCGACUGCGCCGCCGGCGGCCGAGCCGUUCGAUUUUGAGCUUCGGAGGAGGCAGGAUAUGACUACCACCACAAUUGUUGCUAGUGUUGCUACGUGCGGGUGGCCGGCUGAUAAUAUUAGCGCGCCGGCAAUUACGUGCGGCGGGGGAGGUUAUUGUUAUGAGGCACCGGGAUCUUUCGCUGCGGGAUGUUGUACCGAGACGAAUCGUCGUAAUUGCAGAAUACCGACGACAUGCUUGGAAUCAACAAGAUCAGGCUCUUCUUUAACUGACACUGCUAGGACGCUACUCUGCUUCUUCGAAAACUUCAACGGGGUCAGUUUUCUGGCUUGUGGUAAAGAGGCAGGGUCUAGUAUAAUUGCAACUAGUGCGCCGCCGAACUGGGCACCACCGAGCGAUAUCACAACUACUUCUCAAUCUACGUCCGAGCGAUCUCCAGCGGGUACCGAUCCUACCAACGUCGUAACUGUCACCGUUUCCCCGAGCUCAAGCUCAUCAUCGCCGGACGCAGUAGUUGCGGAUCAGAGUAGUAACGGGUCGAAUAGAACCGGGGCUAUUGCUGGCGGCGUGGUUGGCGGGGUUGCUGUACUCUCACUGAUAGCCGCUGCCAUCUUCUUCUGUCUACGUCGACGUCAGCGUAAGAAUAAUGAGACUGAAGGCAAGGAGAUAGAAGGCUCGCCUCCCUUUCGACCGCGAGGUUUCCCGCGUAAUAGUGUAUAUGGCGGUGGACUACCCGAACCUCAAUACCAAUCAGACUUCUACGGGGAAUUACCGCCGCAGAUGGCACAAGCAUCGACCCAGCACGUUGUAGGCUACCCGCCACCUACUCACUUUGAACCAGCUGUCAUGCCUAGAGAUCAUAGGGACCAAAGAAGUCACAGGAGUCAUAGAUAUUCUCAAGUGCAGGCAAUUCCGUCUACCUUUGUCCCGGGGGCACGCAAGCCGAACGAAGAUGAUAUAGUAUCACCCAUUACUCCUGGCGACCAAUUAAACCCUGCCGACGACCCAGCAACGUACACAUGGAUCUCAAACCCGACACCACCUCCACAAUCAGACUACUCUCAGUUCAGCCCACCUCCACCAGCACAUUUUCAAUCGUACCGACCAUAUCCUGGAACAUAAAGAAGGCUAUCGACCGUAGGAUGAAAUUACAGCUAUGGCGGCUUAACUUGCCGCUCAUUUAAAAUAUAUAAAGGUUUUAAUAUUACAUAUACGUACGUACUGGGCGCGACGUUUUCUGGGAUACCGGUGUCUUGUAGGUGCGUAAUGCAUCUCGUAAGACGGAAGAUACCUAU